AUGUUCAACCAACUUCUUACAAAAGCCUUCCUCCAUCCGGAAUCAACAUACGAUCAGCGAUGGGUCCUGUUCUCAAUCCUAUCUGGUGUUGUCAUGGUUGCAGCAGUGCUCCGAGUGCGCUCAAAAUCGAACAUACCCGUCAUCAACAAGUAUAGCGGUGACUUUUUUCUUAAAAAAGCACAUACGGAGUACCUCAAUAAUGCGAAAGCCCUCAUUGCUGAGGGUAAUAAAAAGUUCGACGGACCAUUUCGUGUCCUCACCACACUCGGGUCAAGGGUAAUUCUUCCACCGAGAUUCACGGACUGGGCAAAGAACUGCAAAGAUCUGGACCAUCCAAAACUUGUCGCCGACGAAUACUUCGCACGCUACCCAGGCUUCGAUGGAAGCGGAAUGGUUGUCGACCCAGGUCGAAUGAUGAUAAACAUAACUAAGACGAAACUAUCCCAGAGCUCACAAUGCAACAUCUUCAACGAACGUAUUUCCGGAAUACUCGAAAAGGAAUGGACUAAUACGCAAGGUAACUGGCGCACUGUCGAUUGGGCUCUUGACGCACAACGAUAUGUGGGGCUGAUGUCCGCACCCAUUUUUGCAGGUCCUGAACUAGCAAACGACCCUCAGUGGCAUGAGCUUACUGUUACCUAUACUAUCAACUUAUUCAAUGGUGUCCGAGCACUUCGAGCAUGGCCCCCGCUUCUGAGGCCAAUCGUCCAUUGGAUUCUGCCAGAAUGCUCAACUUGUCGGGCACAAGUAAAGCUCGCACGGAACAAGCUAAAACCAGUAUUGGAAAAGAGAGCCCAUGAAAAGAAAGAGGAACUGGCUGCUGGCCGCAAUCCAACAAUAUACGAGGACGCGAUUACCUGGAGCGAAGACUUAGCUGCUGGACGACCAGUUGAUCACGCUGCAAUGCAACUUGCUUUCGCAAUAUCUGCCAUGCACACCACCACCGAGCUUCUAAGACAAGCACUACUGGACAUCUGCGCGCAUCCGUAUCUCAUCCAACCUCUCAGAGAAGAAGCCGAAGCUGCUGUAGCGAAGCAUGGUUGGACAACGGCUGGCUUGUCUCAGAUGCAGCUGCUGGAUAGUGUGGUGAAGGAAACGCAACGGCUGAAACCUGGAUCGUUAGUCAACUUGGAACGCAAAGCCCUUGAAGACAUUGUUAUGCCAAACGGGACCAUAUUGCCAAAAGGGACGAACAUUGCCAUGGACACAUCCGUAAUGUGGGACCCAACGGUCUAUCUUGACCCAGAGACGUACGACGGUUACCGGUUUUAUAACAAUCGCCAUGGAGGUGGUCCACGAGCUCGUGAUGCGCAACUCGUCUCAACUAGCUCGGAUUUUAUUGCGUUUGGGUUAGGUAAACCGGUCUGCCCAGGUCGUUUCUUCGCUGCCAAUGAGAUCAAAGUUGCCUUGGCCAAUAUCUUGAUGAGGUACGACGUACGCUUACCAGACGGAGCUAAACCUCGAGUCCUACACUACGGAUUUGAGAUGCUCUCGGACCCAAGCGCGAAAGUUGAAGUGAAGAGACGAAUCACUGUCAAGUAG